CUUGACACUUACUUUUUACCUUUGGUACUAGAGUCAGUGCGUGCUGUAGACGAAAGAAAUAUCGAGUCACUAGCUAAGAUAUUGUAUUGCGUGAAAAUAGCUGCGUGACGAUGGCAGGAUCUGAGCAAAACAAAUUGUGGGGCGGCAGAUUCGUUGGGAAUACAGACCCUAUAAUGGAGUCGUUCAACGCGUCGAUUGCAUACGACCAACGAAUGUGGGAUGCCGACAUCAGGGGAAGCAAAGCCUAUGUCAGGGCACUGCAGAAAGCAAAUCUGGUCACUCAGCACGAAAUGAAUCAGAUUCACGUCGGCCUAGACAAGAUUCAUGGAGAAUGGUCCAGUGGUAAAUUCCAGAUCAAGCCAGGAGAUGAAGACAUUCACACAGCCAAUGAGCGUAGACUAAAGGAACUAAUUGGAGAAGCCGCUGGUAAGCUUCAUACAGGCAGGAGCAGGAAUGAUCAGGUUGUCACAGAUAUGAGGCUCUGGUUACAGGAUGCUAUUGCCACUCUGAAGGGAAAUACCAUAGACCUUAUAAACACUAUGGUGGAAAGGGCAGCAAUAGAGAUUGACAUCCUUUUUCCUGGAUACACUCACAUGCAGAGAGCACAGCCAAUCAGGUGGAGCCACUGGAUUCUCAGUCAUGCUGUGGCUCUGAGCAGAGAUGUGGAGCAUGUGGAGGAAAUUAGGAGGCGUGUCAGUGUUCUGCCUCUGGGAAGUGGAGCUAUUGCUGGGAAUCCUUUCAGCAUUGAUCGGGAACUUCUUCGGAAAGAGCUAGACUUUAAUGAGAUCAGCAUCAACAGUAUGGAUGCUACCGGGCAGAGAGAUUUUGUUGCUGAGUUCCUGUUUUGGGGUUCAAUGUGUCUCAUGCACCUUAGUAAGAUGGCAGAAGAUUUGAUCCUGUACAGCACCAAGGAGUUUUCUUUUGUCUCUCUGUCUGAUGCAUACAGCACCGGGAGCAGCCUGAUGCCACAGAAGAAGAAUGCAGAUAGCCUGGAGCUCAUCCGCAGCAAAGCUGGACGAGUGUUUGGCAGAUGUGCAGGUUUUUUGAUGACACUGAAGGGCUUACCCAGCACAUACAACAAAGAUUUACAGGAGGAUAAAGAAGCUAUGUUUGAUACCUAUGAUACAUUACAUGCUGUACUGCAAGUAGCUACAGGUGUUAUGUCUACACUCAAGGUAAAUCAAAAAAACAUGAAGGCAGCUCUCAGCCCAGACAUGCUGGCCACUGAUCUGGCCUAUUACCUAGUUAGAAAAGGAAUGCCCUUUAGGGAAGCUCAUAGUUGCUCAGGAAAAGCUGUAUAUCAUGCUGAGUCUAAAGGCAUCCCACUGAGCCAACUUACUGUUGAGGACCUCCAUACUUUCAGUCCCCUGUUUGAUAGUGACGUGUCCUCAGUGUGGGACUACACAAGCAGUGUGGAGCAGUACAGCGCACAAGGUGGCACUGCAAGGAGCAGUGUUGCAUCACAGAUAGAACACAUGAGAGCCUGGCUGAAGGAACAUAGAGGAUAACUUGUCUUUUUCAUAUACAUUACAGUGGUACUGCGGAGUACAUAGGGCUGCAAGAUAUGAACAGUAGAGAUGGUGGGAUGUGAUUAUGCAUAUUUACAUAUAUUGUGAUAUUAUGCGUUGCAUUACAAUAGAAAUUUAAGAAUAAUUUACCAAACUUUUGUGUGCUUGUUAGAUUGUGAAUGCUAUGAUUACGGCUUACAGCACACAAUGAAAAAAAAUGAACUAAUUUGCAUUUUUCAGCAUCUUAUAGCCAUCUGUGAUGUCAGCAUUGCAAAGGCUGAUAAUUGCAGCUCUAUACAUUAUAGCAAAAUGCUUAGAAUAGAUACAACUUGAUAGACAUUAUACAUGACAGUUAUCUCAUGUCAAAAUUCUAAACACAAACCAGUUAACAAUUUUUACCUGUUUACCCAGACACACUGAAAAGCAGCAAUCCUAAUGUAAUCUGCUCCAUAUUAAACUUUACACCAAGAUAAUUUCAAAUAAAAUAAAUUCAAAUACUGGAAUUUAAAAA